AUGGUCAGGUGAUGCGGUUGGCGAAGGCAACGGCGGCAGCAACAGGCGGGCGGCGGCUUCGGGCCUGAGGGACUUCUGGCCGCGCACAUAGCAGACGAAUCUUUUGUCCUUCAAGAACCUGGAUAAAAUAUGGCAUCUGCAUCUUCCCCAAUUGUAUAUUCCGCUUCUAUAUCAAUCAACUCUUCAACUAAAAAGGCACAGCAAGCAGAGGAGGUACCACUAUUACCAGGAGAAGAUAUUAAAAGUACAGAAAAGGAAGUGAUCUACAUUUGUCACUUUAAUGGGCCUAAAAAGGGGGUGGUACAUAUUACAAACUACAGGCUUUACUUUAAGAGUGUUGAAACGGAUCCCGUGAUGACCCUUGAUGUCCCACUUGGCGUGAUCAGUCGAGUUGAAAAGAUAGGCGGACAGUCAAGCAGAGGUGAAAAUUCUUAUGGAUUGGAAAUUACUUGCAAAGAUAUGCGAAACCUGAGGUUUGCUCUCAAACAGGAAGGUCGCAGCAGAAAAUCCAUGUUUGAGAAUCUUACAAAGCAUGCAUUUCCUAUGUCAAGUGGCUUGCCAUUUUUUGCAUUUGAAAAUAAAGAAACAUUCUAUGAAGAUGGCUGGAAAGUUUAUGACCCAAUUGAAGAAUUUAAGAGAUUGGGCAUACCUGAUGAAAAGCGAAAAUGGAGAGUCACUACCAUAAAUCAAAAUUAUGAGCUAUGUGAAACUUAUCCACCUAUCUUAGUAGUUCCAGUCUGCGCUAGCGAUGAUGAUCUGCGAAAAGUAGCAGCUUUCAGAUCCAAGGGUCGAUUACCGGUGUUAUCCUGGAUACAUCCUGACAAUCAAGCUGUGAUUGUUCGUUGUAGUCAACCUCUGGUUGGGAUGAGUGGAAAACGUAGCAAGGAUGAUGAAAAAUAUGUUGAUAUUAUUAGAGAGUCCAAUGGCCAGAUCCAGAAGUUAGCGAUCUUUGAUGCAAGGCCAAGUGUCAAUGCAGUUGCCAAUAAGGCUACUGGUGGAGGCUAUGAAGGUGAUGAUGCCUAUCAGAGAGCAGAACUAAUUUUCCUUGACAUUCAUAAUAUCCAUGUGAUGAGGGAGUCUCUAAGGAAGUUGAAGGAUAUAGUGUACCCCACUGUGGAGGAGUCCCAUUGGCUGUCAAGUCUUGAGUCUACACACUGGUUGGAACACAUCAAGUUUGUUCUGGCAGGAGCCAUCCAAGUUGCAGACAAAGUCGCAUCUGGAAAGAAUUCAGCAUUGAUCCACUGUAGUGAUGGCUGGGAUCGUACUGCACAACUAACAUCUCUAGCUUUACUAAUGCUUGACAGCUUUUAUCGAACAACCAAAGGGUUUGAAGUACUUAUUGAAAAGGAAUGGAUAAGUUUUGGGCACAAAUUUGCAACGAGAGUUGGGCAUGGUGACAAGAAUCAUGCAGAUGCAGAUCGAUCUCCUAUAUUCCUGCAGUUCAUUGAUUGUGUGUGGCAAAUGACAAAACAGUUUCCAACUGCCUUUCAGUUUAAUGAGGUUUUCUUGAUUACCGUUCUGGAUCAUCUGUACAGCUGUCGGUUUGGAACCUUCCUUUACACUUGUGAACAGCAGCGCACAAAGGAGGAAUUGCGGAAAAGGACAGUAUCCUUGUGGUCUUUUAUUAAUAGUGAUAUGGACAAAUACAUCAAUCCCUUCUAUACAAAAGACCACCGUGUAUUAUACCCAGUGGCCAGCAUGCGACAUUUGGAUCUCUGGGUCAACUAUUACAUUCGUUGGAACCCUUGGUUCAGACAACAGCAAGAUCCAGUUCAACAGCGAUACAAAGAAUUAUUGGUUAUACGAGAGCAGUUAUUGAAGAAACUAGAGGAACUACAGAUCUCAGACUCCUCAACAGGAAUGAUCCCCCAUGUUUCUAAUUCAUCAACUCCAUCUUCUACAAUGCCCAUAUCUCCACGAUCACAGACAACUCUUUGAGAUACACAUAUAGAAAUCUGAAUCAUUGUAGCUCGGAUUACUUUAGAAACUGUAAAAAGUUUGUAAAUGUUAUCCUGCAGCAUGUUAAAAGAAUGCUGGAUAGGGGUGUUGAUUUAUUUGCAUGUUAAUACUAUAAUGCUUCUUUAUACAAAAAUGAAUUAAAACUAUUUUGAUAAAUAUAUUAUUCUAAAUUACGCUUGUGCCUUAGUUGAAAUGGUAGCAGGCUGCCAUUUACAUAGGGUUAAUGUCCUGCUAUUUCUGUUUAAGUCAGCCGCAUUGCUGACUUUUAGUCACUGAAUAAAGAAAACUGUGGAAUUACUCAUCUCAAAAUUAAUGAGUAGCGGGAGUCUGGCUUACUGCUGUCGAGCUUCUAUGGGUUAAACUAAUUCGAUAGCAUUUGUGGCUUGUACAGUAAAUUACACUGCUCCCUACCAUAGUGUUAAGUAGAUAGUCAAAAGCCAAUGCCAAACAUUAUAAGCACUAGGUUAGGAAAGUCUUUGAAACACAUUGAGAGGAAAUUGAUCUCGGGGCAUAGCACGAAAUGGGCUGAUUAAGGCAACAACUUAUUUUGUGUUCUGCUUGAUUCACGGGCUGCCAAUUAGGUGUUGCCUGUUAGCACCAUUGCCCAUCUUUUGUUCCAUACCUCCCCGUGUAUGUGACGGUAGAUGGUCAUGUUCUCCAAACCUCUGUAUUAUACAGUGUUGCUUUUUAAAUGAUCAAACAUCAGGGUUUGAAUAAAAAAUGAACUUCAGUAUUUUACAGUCUAGACUUUCUCACAUUUUAUAAAUAAAAACUUACACUUGAACACAACUAUUGGUUUAUACCUACAAAAAAAAAUACAAUAGUGCAGGAACACCUGCAUUCCUGAAUGAGCAACUCAGCUACAUGAAAACAACCAGUGUACUUGCCUACUGUACAUAAUAGUGGGUUGUUUGUCUCUAAUAAAAUACACAUAAUUUAAACAAAAUAAUUGUUUCCUGGAAAUGCUGACGUAACUUGACCCUUAAAGGUUGUAUUCAGUUUCAGUUUUAGAAAUUGUUUUAUUUUUGUGGGCUAGAAAGCAUAAUGACUGAUGUUGGAAUGUGCUGCAUUUUAAUAACUGAUUUACCUCACUUUUCGUUGUUUGGCACCCUUAUACCAAUGGAUCUGAAAAUAAACAUGGGGUUAAAGCUGAAAAUGCACAUAGAAAUGGAUGUCAAAAGAAUGGCCCACGAUAAGGUUAAAAAUAUCAAAAGUAAUUAUAGGCUUUAGUUCUCAGUCCCUCCAGUGCUGCAGAGAUGUUCUGGGUAGCAUAGUACCUUGAUUGUGCUUUGGGACAUUUUAUAUCUGCCAAAUUUAAUGUAAAAAUUAGUUUAGGAUUUCGCGUUUGUUGUGCAAGGCCCAAAAGUCCCUAAUUGCUUUGCUUUUUGUAUCUAACAUAAAAAUAACUUAUUUUUAAGAGUAAAUUAAACUGAGUUUAAUCAAUCUGGCAGCACUCAAUAAUUUCAGAGUGGAUUCAAAUCACAUUACAGACCACCUAACAUUUUUUUAGACUGUUAAGAAUUAUAUUGUUAAGAGUGGAAGGCUUCACCUGUCAGUGCAAGUCUAUGUAAAAUAUCUUGUAUUGAUCUUAAUGGUAGCAAAGGAGGACUUAUGAUAUAUUGGCCAAUGCUGAUUAUUAGUUAUGCUUUCGCUUUUGGGUUCACCUUCUAAAAUCUAGAACUUUACCUGCAUGUCAACAAUAUUUGCACUUAAAAAAAGACUCGUGGUUUGGAAAGUGUAUGGAUGUUUUUUUUUUGCAUUUCCAAUUUGUCUCAAAUUGAACACACAGUUCUAACUUCAAAGUUGAUACAAUACCCAACUGAUUCUUGAUGCAAGCUUGCUUCAAGUUCCAGAGGUCUGCAUUAAAUUUAGUUGCUUCCUAGACUUUGCCAUUGAUACGUUAUUCUAAUGUAACUGAAAAGGCAGUUUUGAGAAAUAUGUUUGACCUUAAAAUUACUAUUUCCUAAAAUUUGUGAAGUUUUUAUUUUUUGUAAUGUGGUUGUUUCAAGGUCUGCUUUGUUGCUGUUGAACCCUUUGGAAUUCCCAGGCAUUUGUAGGCCAAAAGUCAUUAUACUGUCUUCAAUAUAAAUACUUCCUUGAUUGUAAAUCUGAGCCUGAGAUCAAUUGGGAAAUGUGUGACAACUUUAAAUAUGACUAUCCAUCACAGUCAGUAGAUUGGAUCAUCUGUAGCUGUUAAGACAGCAAAACAGAAUCUGGUGUGGAUAACAGGCAUGUAAGAAGAUCGAAAGUUCCCACUAUUGUCUUCUGUCAGGCUGUAAUGUACAGCUGCUUUCUGGAGUUUUCUGCUGUACAUUCAUCGUAGCAAUGGCAUAUUUCCUGUUGGGUUUUUUGAGGGAUUAAUUAGGCGUACUGCCAUUUAUUACCUCAGUUUAACAAUGUCUCAGUGUUAAAUUAAGUCGAAUUAAAGGCUUAGAAACUUUAAUUGUUUUUAUCUACUUUGUAAUAAAUAUGCCCACGUUGUCUUUGCAAAUCAUAAAUUGCACAUUAUUAAUCAUUCCAUUUCUCCACAAGAAUAUUAUUAAACAUCAGAAAUCCAGGCUGCUUGAAUCAUUUUCCUUUUGGUUAAUCAGUAAUUGAGCUACUUAAUUGUUUUAUCUGUAGUAGCCAAAGGCCUUUAUUUUGUGGGCUAUGAAGCAUUUGUAAUUAAUUAUAACAGAUUAACAGAUUAUUGCAGAUUAAACUGUUACUUAAAGCUGAUGCUCUCAAAAUCUACUGAUAAUCAGACUAUAUUUUGUAGCUAAAUGCUAUUAUUGAUUCUUAUUGUUUUGGUUCUUCAUCAAGUUUUUGUAUAAGAUCACAAGAAAGUACUAAAAGGUUCAUGUAUGAUGCACAUAUUUCAUUGUGACUACUGACUGUAUUAAUUUUAAUAUUGCCCUCGUAGAGAACAACUUGCUUUGAAAUAUGUCGGAUGUAAAAUGAGCUUAUAUGACUGCAGCACAAGUAAAUAGAUGAAAAAAAAUUCUAAGGUAUACUCUGGGAUUGAGAUGCUGUGUUUUACGCAGGGUUAGAAGAUUCAACACUUGAAUUAGAGGUAUUUGUAUGUGUGCUAUAAUCCAUUGUUAAUCUCUUUUGUGUGUUCUCUUACACAGUAUGAUUUCCAAAUCUUUCCAUCAAAUUAACAAAUUAUUUUAAUGUUCAUUAAAAUCAGUUUUAUAACUGUUAAUGAAUGUAAUUAAAUAUGAUACAGUAGGUAAAUAACAGCACUUGCAAAUAUUUAUUAGGUUUAACAGAAUAUUGAGAAUAUAUCUUUGUGGUUUGAUGUAGUGUCCAUGUUCUUUUUAUGUCCUGUUUAGAUUUACUUGACAAUAAUGCUUUGCCACUGUCAAAUGGACAGAAAUGACUUUCCAAGAUGGUUGAAUUCCUGGAUUCAUUAGCAUUACUGAAAAUUGACUUAAGCUUGAAACCGUAAAACAUUAUUAAAAUCUCAUUACCAUUUCUUUUAAAAAAAAAUACAACAAAUUUCACCCUUACUGUUUUGUUGCAUUUUCUUGAAUGUCUGUUUUUUGUGUCUAUUUAUUGUUUUCUCAGGAUAUUUGCCUUCAAUCUCACACUCUGCUUUUUGUUUCCACAUCUGCAGUUUCUGAAAACUGCAUGAUUUAACAGGGGAUAAGAUUACAGUUUAUCAAAGUUGAAACUUUAAGAAUAAUGGAGUAAUUUGAGACUAUAGAAUGAGGGACUAAUCUUUUCACAUGCUUUGUAUACAUUGCAUUAAAAACUGAUGUUUAUAAUUAAACAGUAUACAAAAUUGAUUUAUGUUAUGUUUGCCUUGUACAGUCAAAGAUGCUACUGUUUAACUAUUGAGAAAUAAAAAAUGAGAUAUCUUAAGAUGUUCUGACA